UGAUAAUUCAUUGGCUAUUGACUUGUAUUUUCGAUUUUCGACCAUCAUUUUCAUGUUCUCUUUGUGAUACGAAUCCGGAUACAAAAUGUAUUUUCGAGAAAACCGGAUUUAUCCGGAGAAUAAAGGUGGGGCAUAAACCAAUUUGACGUGUGGAAGGCAAUAGUAGAAGGAUGAGCUUCUCGCAAGGACAAGACUGGAGUGUUACUGGCUGGGACAAGGGCCGUAGCGGUGGCCGCAUCGGUAACGAAUCGAAAGAUGCCGCCCUCAACCGCGCCCGUCGGUCGGGCAACGUUGUCACAGAACUCAAGCAUGGCGGCGUCGCCAACAAAUCUGCCCACACUGCCACCGGCAACAUGCGCAAGUUGGACGAAGAUUCGGAAAACUUCAAGCAUCAGACUGUUGACCGCAGCCUGUCGCAAGCCCUGCAGAAGGCGCGCAUGGACAAGGGCUUGACACAGAAAGCAUUGGCCACGGCGAUCAACGAGAAGCCGCAAGUGAUUGGUGAAUAUGAGUCUGGCCGCGCCAUCCCGAACGGGCAGAUCAUUGUCAAGAUUGAGCGGGCGUUGGGCUGUCGGCUGCCUCGUGCGCCGAAGAAGCGCCCGACCACGUCAGAAUGAAUAGAAUAAUAUAAUCGACAUACUAGUAGAACAUACUUGGAGGUGAAUUUGCAUUGGUGUUGGAUCAAAAU